CUUAACUCUUUCUCUCUCCUCGCUCUGUCUCUCUCUCUUUGUCUCUGUCUCUCUCUCCUCUUGCUUGUGCCUGGUUUGCCCUGUGGGUCUUUCGUUCUGUUCCAUUUUCCGCUGAUGGGUUGUUUUCGCUGCAAUGGGGCAUCGGUUCUUGGGGAAGACACUGACUACGAUUGCAAGAAAGCGAGCGAUCAAGCUCGUUCAGAAAAAACCAGCAGCAGUCCUCGUGGAAGCAGAAAGGUUUUGGAUGUCAAAAAUGAGGACCUCUCUAACCUCCCCAAGAGCAAACAGUUAAAUUCGGAGACGGAUGGAUUGGAUUCAAGUGAUACCACUAAUGAUGGGAGAACCAGCGGCUCACGUGCUCAAACAUUUACUUUCAAUGAGCUUGCUGCUGCAACUGGCGAUUUUAGUUCAGACUUCUUUAUCGGGGAAGGAGGCUUUGGCAAAGUAUACAAAGGGCAUUUGGAGAAAAUUAAUCAGGUUGUAGCCAUCAAACAACUUGACCGAAAUGGACUUCAAGGCACCAAGGAAUUUGUUGUGGAAGUGGCAAUGUUAACUCUAGUUGACCACCCUAAUCUUGUUAAAUUGAUCGGCUUUUGUGCCGAGAGGGAUCAGAGGCUAUUGGUUUAUGAAUACAUGCCACUAGGAUCGUUGGACAAACAUUUGCAUGACCUUCCACCCAGUAGAAAGGGACUUGAUUGGAGUACGAGGAUGAAAAUUGCAGCUGGUGCCGCAAGGGGUCUUGAGUAUUUGCAUGACAAGUUGAAAACUCCUAUUAUCUACCGUGAUUUAAAAUGCUCGAAUAUCUUACUGGGUGAGGACUAUCAUCCCAAAUUGUCAGAUUUUGGCUUAGCUAAAGUGGGUCCGAGUGGGGACAAAACCCAUGUUUCUACAAGGGUUAUGGGGACAUAUGGAUACUGUGCACCGGACUAUGCCAUGACUGGCCAAUUGACAUUCAAGUCAGAUAUCUACAGCUUUGGGGUUGUUCUUUUGGAGAUCAUCACGGGGAGGAAAGCAUUUGAUCCAACUAAAGGUCCCAAGGAGCAAAACCUUGUUGCAUGGGUGCGGCCCCUGUUCAGAGACAGGAAGAAGUUUUCACUGAUGGCUGACCCAAUGCUUGAAGGCAGGUAUCCCUUGAGAGGAUUGUACCAAGCACUAGCUAUUGCUGCAAUGUGUGUCCAAGAACAGCCUAACAUGCGACCUGCCAUAGCUGAUGUUGUCACUGCUUUAAGCUACCUUUCAUCCCAGAAAUAUGAACCUAGUAACCGCAACAUCCACAACACCGACAAAAAUCUUCCUCCUUCAAACACAACGAUGAAGAGCAGUGAGGACAUAAGCACAGGUCAUAGAUGGCCCAAGAAGGAUGAAGAAGUUGGUGGAAGUUAAAAAAGAAGUGCUUAAACUUUGGCGAUGUCCAUAUGAAAAAAAUACCCAGUUAUCGAUUUUUCAAUUGUGCAGAUAGCAGGUGGUAACUAUAUCAUAGUAGAUGUUGUGUAGGUAUAAGGGAAUUUUUUUCCCUUCGGCUUCUCAUCCAAUGUAGAUUGAGUUGAGUUCAAUUUUGUCUGAAGAUGGAUGCCUCAGUGUAAUGACAGGUCGAUAUCUUAAUUCAUUGUGAAUUCAUUCCUAUCUUUUUGGUAUUUUGUCUAAGAUGGAUGCCUCAGUGUAAUAACGCGUUCAAAUCUUAA